CAGCGCAGAGCCUCCAGUGUAACCGUCCCCAAGAAAUCGAAUUGAUUAAUAACAGGUGCAAGUCACAACUCUGUUGAUUGAAUUAUUUCUUCCUGACCAUCGAAUCUCCAGAACACUACUCCGCGAUCCAAUAUGGCGGAACCAGUGGUUUCUGAUUCUGGUGCGGCAUCGGCCCAGUCAGAGAUUCGUCGCUCGUGGUACAUCAAAGUGCCCUACGACCUCCUUACACAAUAUUCACGAGACUUCAAAAAGCUCCGCGACGCCCUGAACGAUUCGGGUGACGAAAUAGCCCUCCCAGAUGUCACGAAACCCACGUUCGAAGACUUUUUCAUCUGGCUUCAUGCGUACGAGCCGAAUAUCUUGCGUGCCGACGGCAACGAGUCCGAUUUCAUCGACGGAGCUCUGAAUCUUGCUGUCUUCGCGCAGAAAUUCAAGAUUUAUCACCUCCGAAACCAAGCUUCUGAUGUUGUUCGUGCUGCCCUCCGCGAAGGCCAGUGGAGCAUCACGCCUGAAAUGAUAUCUGCGGUAUACAAAGUUGCUCCUGCAGGCUCUGCUCUCCGCCAAUUGAGCUUCCUGGGCUUCGUUGCUUCUGAAGGCCAGAGCGACUCUACCGUUUGGCAAGAAGCUUUCAUCGACUGUCCAUCUCUUGGUUGGGAUUAUUUCCAGUACAAGAAUGGCAAUAAGAUAUACAGCGAGGGUAUUGCGGCUGGAGGAGCCUGUCGCUUUCAUGACCACUCCGACAUCCCGGGCUGGGCUGUUCAGGAUCUUUUUGCCUGUCCAUACCCGCAUGGCGCACCUCGACUGUUGCCUGGCGAGUCUGCCGUCCACGACAUCAUCAUCAAUACUCCGCGAGCUGAAGAUGAGGAUGCACUAAUAUCUGCUGAAGAUGUCGCCGAGCCAAACGUUGCAAUGGAGCUUCAGCAAGUCGAUGAACCAGCUGUUGAGGCUACUGUCGACCAGCCAACGGAGUCUGCUUCCGCUGCCUCCGCUGCCUCUGCGUGCUGGGCAAGUGAGACCACGGAAACUGCGCCUGUUGAUACGGAGUCUCAAAUAUUUGGGCCACAUGAGCAGCCUCUCGUCAAAGAAGUCGUGGAGGAUUGGCGAAUCAAGACGAAGGAUGCAGAGCCUGUGGAAGUGGAAAAUUUUCCCGCGGUAGAUGAGUCUUUGCAACAUACUAUUAGAAACGCACGGAUGCAAGUUGAUGAAAGCCACCCAGUGUUAUCAAAGGUGACAGUAACCAGGCUGCCAACUUUGGAGGAAAAGAAGGAACCAAUCCUUGAACAAGGACCAGUCGUAGUGAAGUCACCUAAUUCUGAGCACGUUGAAUCAGUUCAGGAUUCUGUACCAAUGGCGCGAGCGGAUUCUGUUAUGUCAGUUGUUGAGCAAACUGGGCCGAAAGGGAAAGGGAAAAAGAAGAAAGGCAAAAAACAAUCGCAAGGUGCUUAGUUAUUUAUGAGGUUUGGAAAUAACACAUUGCUUUUUGAAAAUAAUUUUACCAUGGAAGUGGCUUCAACCCAAAUGUGAUGAGAUCCUUGGAGCUUCUUUUCUGUCCCACACCUCAAGUUUUUGAUUACUUGGGGCGUGAAG